AUGGAGGAGGUGGAGGUGGCGCCGCCGCGGGCGCACGAGGUCGGCAUCAGGAUUCUCUGCACCUCGCUCUGCCACACCGACGUCACCUUCUGGCGCAUGAAGGAUUUCCCGGGCCAGCAUCCGAUAAUCCUGGGCCAUGAAGCAGCCGGCGUGGUGGAGAGCGUGGGGGAGCACGUGCACGAGGUGGCCGUCGGGGACACGGUGGUGCCGGUGUUCUCGGCGCAGUGCGGCGACUGCCCCGACUGCCUCUCGGACCGCAGCAACAUCUGCUCCGGGCUCCCCGCCGGGCCCGGCAUGCCCCGCGACGGCACUACCCGCUUCUCCUUCGCCGCCACCGGCGAGCCCAUCCACAACUUCAUCGGCGUAUCCAGCUUCACCGAGUACACGGUUGUCGACGUGUCAAACGUCGUCAGGAUCGGGCCCGGCGUCCCGCCGGAGAAGGCCUGCCUGCUCAGCUGCGGCGUCUCCACCGGUGUUGGCGCGGCGUGGAAGGUGGCCGCGGUGGAGCCCGGGUCCAGCGUCGCCGUGUUCGGGCUCGGCGUCGUCGGGUUAGCGGUAACGUUCGACGACGACACCUCGGAAUCACAUGCCCCUGCUAAUAAUGUGAUGUCUGGUUCAAGUUGUCGGCUCGAAUGUUGGCCUGACGUUCUAGUGGUAGCACAAGGGUGCAGGAUGCGUGGGGCUAAGCAGAUUAUUGGAGUGGAUCUGAACCCGGAGAAGCGCGACAUCGGUAAGAGGCUGGGAAUCACCGACUUCAUCAAUCCGAACGACACCGGGGAGAAGGCCGUGAGCGAGGUCGUCAAGGAGAUGACCGGCGGCGGCGCCGACUACUGCUUCGAGUGCAUCGGCUCGACGUCGGCCAUGGCGGAGGCAUUCCAAAGCUCCCGGAAGGGCUGGGGGAAGACGAUCGUGCUCGGCGUCUCCAGCGGCGGCGCGCCGAUGAGCAUACCCCCGCACGACAUCCUCUGGGGGAGGUCGGUCGUCGGCUCGCUCUUCGGCGGGCUCAAGCCCAAGACCGACAUCCCGAUCCUGGCGCAGAAGUAUCUGGACGAGGAGCUGGAGCUGGACGAGUUCGUGACGCACGAGAUGGGGUUCCACGACAUCAACGCGGCGUUCGAGCUGCUCACGCAGGGGAAGUGCCUCAGGUGCAUCCUCUGGAUGGACGGGGCCAGGGAGAACGGUAGUGUCGGCGUGGAAAAUGGACGCGCGUGCAAGGCCAAGGCGUGA